GGUCUGGCGGCCGACAAGUUGCACCCCCUGCACUGGGUCGAGGCCGUGGGCACCACCGGCUCCGGGGCACCGCGCGAGGCCGUGGUGAUCGAAGCCUGCGGCGAGUGCGACGCGGCGGAGCAGGAAGCGGUGCUCGGGGCAAUGGUCAUGGCGGCGCAGUUGGACAGCGCAGCGGAAAGCGAGGAAGACAGAUUCGGGCGUGCGGGCAUGCAGCAUGGCAAAUUGGUGGACGCCGUCACCACCGAGAAUUUGGUCGAGGUGCUGAAUCUGACAGAUGACUUGGUUGAGCAUCUGAAAUACGCAGCCAAGAAGCUCAAGACUGACCCCCAGAAGGACAGGAGAGCAAGGGAGAUGGAGGUCAGACUGAAGGACUUGGUCGGCGUCUUGGAGAAGGUGCAGCACAAGACGGGAGAGGUAUCUGGCUUCGACAACAAGCUGGCUUCCAAGGUAAAGGAGCAGCGGAAUUCUGUGAGGGAGCUAGAGGCUUCGAUGGCCCGGAUCGUAUAAGCCAUGUUGACAAACAUACAUCGCAAUGGCUGUUGAAAAGGUGU